GUCCUGUAGGCCCGGAUGGUGCGCGUGAGAGCCUGGGCCGAGAAGACGCCAGCAUUGCGCUGACCUGCUGCGGGCCGUUCAAGUCUGUCGAGGCUGGGCUUUGGCCGGGUGCCGCCACCCAUUCUGGACACUGCUCUUAGGCUUUGGGGAUUGAAAAGGCCAGAGUCCAGGAGCAGGUGAAUUCCAGGGCCCAGAGGAGCAAAUCAGCUUCUCCCUUAAGAACUUGAUUCCUUGCUUCAAGGGGAAGUAGCAGGCCACGUUUGCAUGCCCCAGGCAUGCACAAUGCCGAUAGUUGAUAAGUUGAAGGAGGCCCUGAAGCCUGGCCGAAAGGACUCAGCCAAGGAUGGGGAGCUGAGAAAGCUCUUGGCUGCCUCGGCCAAGAAAGUCCUCUUACAGAAGAUUGAGUUCGAGCCGGCCAGCAAGAGCUUCUCCUACCAGCUGGAGUCCUUGAAGAGCAAAUACGUGUUGCUGAACCCCAAGACGGAGGGAGCCAGCCACCCUAAGAGUGGAGAUGAGCCACAGGCCAAGAGACAGGGUACAGGCAGUGAGCGCUUGUCUGGAAGCAGCAAUGAUGGUGUCCCAGCGCCGCAGAAAGUGCUCUUCCCUACAGAGCACUUGUCUUUGAGGUGGGAGCGCAUUUUCCGAGUUGGCGCAGGGCUGCACAACCUGGGCAACACCUGUUUCUUGAAUGCCACAGUACAGUGCCUGACAUACACACCGCCUCUGGCCAACUACCUGCUGUCCCGGGAGCACUCUAGGAGCUGUCACCAGGGAAGCUUCUGCAUGCUGUGCGUCAUGCAGAACCACAUCGUUCAGGCCUUUGCCAACAGUGGUAAUGCUAUCAAGCCCAUCUCCUUCAUCCGCGACCUGAAAAAGAUUGCGCGGCACUUCCGCUUUGGGAACCAAGAGGAUGCACACGAGUUUCUCCGGUACACCAUCGACGCCAUGCAGAAGGCCUGCCUGAGUGGCUAUGCCAAGCUGGAUCGUCAGACACAGGCAACCACCUUGGUGCAUCAGAUUUUUGGAGGCUAUCUCAGAUCACGAGUGAAGUGCUCCGUGUGCAAGAGCGUCUCAGACACCUACGACCCCUACCUGGAUGUGGCGCUAGAGAUUCGGCAAGCUGCAAAUAUUGUGCGCGCUCUGGAACUUUUUGUGAAACCAGAUGUCCUGAGUGGUGAGAAUGCCUAUAUGUGUGCCAAAUGCAAGAAGAAGGUUCCAGCCAGCAAGCGCUUCACCAUCCACAGAACAUCCAAUGUCUUAACCCUGUCUCUCAAGCGCUUUGCCAACUUCAGUGGGGGGAAGAUCACCAAGGAUGUAGGCUACCCAGAAUUCCUGAACAUCCGUCCAUAUAUGUCCCAGAGUAAUGGCGACCCUGUCAUGUACGGACUCUAUGCUGUGCUGGUCCACUCAGGCUACAGCUGCCAUGCUGGGCACUACUACUGCUAUGUGAAGGCAAGCAACGGACAGUGGUACCAGAUGAACGACUCCCUGGUUCACUCCAGCAAUGUCAAGGUGGUUCUGAAUCAGCAGGCCUACGUACUCUUCUACCUUCGAAUUCCAAGCUCUAAGAAGAGUCCAGAGGGCCCCAUCUCCAGGGGAGGCUCUACCCUUCCCAGCCAUCCAAGUAUGAUUCCAGAUCACACCAAGAAGAAUGCUGGCAACGGGGUCACUUCUUCCCCCCCAGCUGCAAAGCCCCAAGGCGCUGUGCCCAUGAGGAAGCCCCAGACCCCUGAGGAGAUGGGUGUGCCUGUCUCGAGGAAUGGCUCCAUGCCAGGCCCAAAGCUACAGAACGGAUGUGUGCCUGCAAGGUCACCCUUGGGGUCCCCUCCCCUCAGACUCUCCCACACACCAACGCCCAUGCCGACCCUCCUGGAUGAGAAUGGGAAGAAAGUGAAGAAGCAGGUCCCCUUGCAGCUCUGCUCCCUGUCCCUCCGAACUUCUCAGGGCUCGCCCAGUACCAGCGAACCUGGGAGCCGGCGGCAGAGCUCCUGGGACACCAGGGACACUGUCCCCUCUACCUCACUAAAGCUCCUGGCUGAGGCCACUGCCAGUGGGCAUGGGCUGAAGGGGGAAGGCAAGAACGCAGACCUCGAGAAGGGGACUUCUGGCAGCUCCAGCCCGGAAAACUCUUCCAGCCGCAGCCCUAAGGUCCCACAGGCCCCCAAGGGCGGAGCUGCCCAGGUCUGUGAUUCUCAGGGAACAAACUGCCCCACCGCCGGUCACUCCAAAGCGCUGCCGAACGGAUUGGAUUCUAAGAUGGUGAAGCUCAAGGCCCCUGUCCUGGGCAGCACUGCCAUUGAGCCCGUGAGCCUCAUGUCUCCUCCACCAGCCAAGAAACUGGCCCUGUCUGCCAAGAAGGCCAGCACCCUGCGGAGGGCGACCGGCAAUGACCUCCGUUCACCUCCCCCCUCACCACUCUCCGACCUCACGUGCCCCAUGACAGCCACUCACCCCGUUGUUGCCUCCACUUGGCCUGUCAGUAAAUCCAGGGCUGUGUCACCUGCUCCCCGAUCAUCCAGCUGUCCCAAGUCUCCUGUCAGCACCCCCUCUGCAUCACUGUCCAGUAGUAACCCUUGUCCCCCACAGAGCUGCUCCUCUACCUGGACUGCCCUGCCUCAGGUCAAUGGGGACUUGAUGUCCCCUUCACACCAGCUGCUGCUGCUAGAGGCCAGCGAGGCCCCUCGGAGCCCCUCCAGGAAGAGGAACGGGAGCCAUGUGGGAGAGCCUCAGAUGCGUGGCUCAGAAGCAUGUAUCCCGCAGCUCCUUGGGGGGGCAGCUGCAGCGCCUCGCAAGAAGAGGAAGAGGAAGAGGAGGAAGGGCCCAGAGGGCAUGGCCAUGGCCAUUCCUCAGGAGCAGAUGCAGAGGCCACCUUGGAGCCCUGAGAACAAGAAGAAGGGACAGGCGGAGCUGCCAGCUCAUCCACAGGUGGAGGAAGGCACACAGCCCCAGGUGGAUCACAUUCUGGAUAGCCAACAUGUGAGCAACAGAAAGAGGAAGAGAAAGGGAGCAGAGGGACUCUGUGAAGAAGUCGGCCUUCUCCAGGGCCCACCUUGGCAUAGCUGCAUCUCCACGGACCACGGAGAACCUGAGACCAGGGCAGAGUCUCCAAGGAAAAAGAAAAGGAAGAAAAGAAAGCCUGAGACACAGCAAGAGGAGGAAGAGAACAAGCAUCCAGAAGACCCAAGGAGCACAAAGCGCAGUGUCACCACAGGCCUAGAGUUGAGCGUGAACAGCCAGCUUGCUGGGGACCGCCCAGGGCUUGGACAGCCUCCUCUUGGACUGUGGAACAGGGACCAAGACUCUGAUGUGGUCCAGGAGUUGCUCAAGUACUCAUCAGACAAGGCUUAUGGGAGACAAGUUCUGACGUGGGAUGGCGAGCCAUCUGCGGUCAGUCGGGAUGCCAUCGAGGACAGCAGGCUGGCCCGGACCCGCACUGUGGUUGAUGAUUGGGAUGAAGAGUUUGACCGCGGCAAGGAAAAGAAAAUGAAAAAGUUCAAGAGAGAGAAGAAGAGAAACUUCAAUGCCUUCCAAAAGCUUCAGAGUAGACGGAACUUUUGGUCUGCAACUCAUCCAGCUAAGGCCACCAGCCUCAGCUCCCGCCGGUGAACUCGGUGUCAGAACAGAAGGACCAGUGUGCCUGUCCCACAGCCUCCUGGGGCCGUCGUUUCCUGGGAACCAUUUGUUGAUCUGAGGAGUGCCUUGUGCAGACUCGGCUGCCCUGUCGCCCCUGGGGCUCUGCCGUGAGCCUGCCAUGUAGGGGACUUCGACAUCACUGCAGACAACCUGAUGUGGGGGCCUUGGGGACAUUCACGACGAGCCCCACAGGAAACCUCAGCUGGUGGUGUGGACCAGAGCUGACAGCAACCCACAGGACAUUUGGAAGGGCCCAGCAUCCUUGUGGUCAUAUGCAUCUGCUCCUGUCUGAGACUGACAGGAGGGAUGGGACCAUGCACCUCCCAGUGCAUCCCGUGCCCAGGAUGAUAGGCUUGCAGUUGGAGGCUCUUCCCGGCGAGCCACCCCUUCCUCUCGAGGCGGGCCCUGUCCUGUCCUGCACCUCGCCCUUCUCGUUCCCUUAGUGAGGCUUGUGUCUGUGUGCCUUACUAUCCGUCUUGGAAAGGGAAGAGCUGUUGCUCACCUGCCCUACUGCUUCUGCCUUUCCUGGAGUGGCAGGUAGAGCUUCCAGUGCAUCUCCAGGGAGCAAAGGCUGUUUGGGAUGGGGGAACCCUUGAAUUAUGUGCCAAUGCGUCUGCUUCUCAGGCUGCUCUCUGUUCCAGGGUGACUUUGCCAUAGCUUCCCUUGCAGCUGCAAUAACCAUGGAUCUCUGUGGAGGUGGUGGUGUAGGGGAUGAAUUCUCCGUUAUUUUACUACUUAAUAUAGAGCAUUUAUUUUUGACCAGGCCUUUGGCUUCCCAGCAGCAAUAUAUUCCCCUAAUAUGCAAAUGCUGGCUUUGUUUGCUCAAUUUUGUGAGUGCUUUUGAAUCUAGAUGAUUGUAUGACUCAAGAAGAUCCCUUUUUUAUCUUGCUCAAGCUGUGCCUGCAGAUUGAUAAUUUAAUAAACACGGGACUCCUCAGUAAAAGUGUUGUCUCCAAGGAAAAGAUGACACUCCUCAGUAGAAGAUGUAGCAGUACAUCAGAGGGUCCUUCCUCAGGAUGCGUCCCCUCAUCUCCCCUGAGCAUGCUGGCAAUCAACCUGGCUCCCUGGCUUCUCUGCUGCCUUUGUCAGUGCCACCUUUUUUUUUUCUUGGUACCAGAGAUCAAACUCGGGACUUUGUGCUUGUGGGGCAGGAGGUGAAACCACUGAGCUAAAUCUCCAGCCCCACCCUUUCUCGUUUGUUCUGCUGUCCGCUUAGGUCCUCGUUCAGUCCUUGAGGAAUUGCUGUAUUCAUAUGGUGAGGGACAUUUGAGUUUUCAUGGCUGUGGUUCCUUUAGAUUUUCCUCACUUUGUAUUUCGCUUUAGGGAAAUGUGGGAGGGAAUAGUGACACCAUGGCUCCAUCACUUCUCAUCCCAGCUGAGAGUGGAUGGCAGCUUUGAAUGCUGCUCAGGACGGACCUGGCAUUAGUGCUGUGGCUUCAUAUCUGCCAUCUCGGGAGGGAGGCUGCCACUUCUGUGGGCAGGGCUGGCUUCUGCACUAGAAGAAGCAUUAACUUCUGCAUUGACUCCUUCCCUGGCCGUAUUUGUUCCAUGAUGCUCUGUUGUUGAAAAUGUAACUUGUCUGCUAGCACAGACUCAAUCUCCUUUCUGUUUCUCUCCCCCCUCCUCUAAGUUGGCCUCAUCUUUUCUCCACUAGACUGAAUAUUGUAGGACCUUUUCCCGGGGAUAGUAUCUCCACAUUCUCUAUGGCAGUGGUGAGCCCUGGCCUAGUUUCCUACAAUGUUUUUUUCCCCCCAGCACCAGGAAUUGGACUCAGGACCUUGUACUUGCCAGGCAGGCGCCGUGCCACUGAGCUACAUCCCUGGCCCCCUACAGUGUUCAUCACUGUUUGGUAGAGGCAAGUCCUUUCCUUCUACAGAAAAGCAUCAGCCAGACAGGCUUGAGGAAAAGUGGACCCCUGAAAACCAUCCAAAUUGUAGGUGACAUGUACAUAUAUAAAUACAUAGAAAUACCUAAGUUUUAUAAUAGUCACUUGAUUGGGUUAGAACUUGGGAGUGGAGGCGGGAGGCCCACAUUCAGGGGCCGCCUCCCUAGUGUUCCCUGUCAUCUUGUGCACCCUUCAUCGUUAGGACUUGUUCUCACCCCAUGUCCUGGUUGUGUGGCUGCACCUAUAUGUGUAAGGGGUCCCCACCCUUUUCACUUCCUCUCUAGGGACCUUGGGAGCCCAGAUGUUCCAAGAUCUUGGUGCAAUAAAAUAAUGUGUCUUUGUGGGUC